AUGGUGACGGCUACAAAGCCGCCCGGGGAAACUGAGGCUGAAGCGGAAGGGGGGGUACUUGGGGAAGGAGGAUGCAGGAGCGCAGACCGCUCGCUCACCUGGGAGGGCGGAGUCCGCCGCAGAGCGCGGACACAAAGCCCGGGCCCCCGCGUGGGAGGGACGCGAGGCCGGGAGCGGUGCGCCGGGCGCGGGCUCUUUGUCUGUGGACUCUGCAGCCGCUCGGGCCCCGCCCCGGCCCCGCCCCCAGUUAGGGCGCCUCCGCCUCCGGCCCUGCGGGUCUCAGGGUCUCCGGCCCCGCGGGGGAUCGCAAUCCGGGUCCCUUCUCUGCCCCUGGAACGCGCCCUCCGUGCGCCUUGCGCGCGCACGAUCAGUCUCAGGGACCUAGGGGCGGGCGGCGGAGUGCGGGGAAGGCGAGGUCCUGCGGCCCCAAAUCAUCUCCCUGCGUCUCACAGUCGCCGAGUCCUCGGGUCCCCACGUCUUCCGUGCCCGCUGCUCGCUGGAGUCGGUUGCCAUGGUGCAGUCCAGGCCUCCCAGAUAGUGGGUGGACAUGAGGCUCAGCCCCAUUCUCGGCCUUAUAUGGCCUCCCUGCAGCUGAGCAGGUCCCCUGGGAGCCACUUCUGUGGUGGCACGCUGAUCCACCCGCGGUACGUGCUGACGGCUGCCCACUGCCUGCAGGACAUCCCCUGGCAGCUGGUGACAGUGGUGCUGGGUGCCCAUGAUCUGCAAAGCCAGGAGCCUGAGCAGCAGAAAUUCACCAUCGUUCAGGUCUUCCAGAACAACUACAACCCUGAGGAGAACCUCAAUGACAUACUGCUCAUUCAGCUAGCUGAACCGGCCAGCCUCGUGGGCGAGAAGGUGGCGCUGGCCUCGCUGCCCCAGCAGGGCCAGUCGCUGGCCCAGGGCACCCAGUGCCUGGCCAUGGGCUGGGGCCGCCUGGGCACCCGCGCGCCCACGCCACGCGUGCUGCAGGAGCUGAACGUCACGGUGGUCACCUUCCUGUGCCGGGAACACAACGUGUGCACGCUGGUGCCACGGCGGGCAGCUGGCAUUUGCUUCGGAGACUCGGGCGGCCCCUUGAUCUGUGAUGGCUUUCUCCACGGAGUCGACUCCUUCGUGAUCCGGGAAUGCGCUUCUCAGUUCCCCGACUUCUUCGCCCGGGUGUCCAUGUACGUGGAUUGGAUCCACACGGUGCUCCGGGGCGCUGAGCCUUGAGCUACCCUUCUGCACUCCAGUCUGUCUGGAGCAGGGUGGUCCUUCCAGGCUUUUCCUCCAGCUGGAUUCAGCUCCGCACCCCCUGGAGUGGAGCCAGCUCUGUCCCCCAGUCCAUGUGACCUUAGUAAAUCUGAGAAGUAUUUAAAAGCUGUCUUCUGUCUGUCUUACUUCAUGUGGACCUGGGAUGUGGCCAGAGCCUCGGUGUCAGGAGGCCGGGAAUUUACCACAGGGGUGGAGGGGAAGCCAGGCUCACUCCGAAACCGCAGCGGUUGGAUUCAGCACCCCCUUUGCUUCUCAUCUCCGUGUCUCAAUUACCCUAACUAGAACCGGGACACACCCAGACGUGGAUGUGGGGCUGGUGGGGUUUGGUGAGGUGUCCCCCAGCUCCGGACUCCUUGAAGCCCGGGCUCUUUUCACACCACAGUGGGUAGGGGCUGGGCUUCUCGGGGCCUCACGGUUGUGAUCCUGUCAAAGCAGAUAGGAGGCCUUCCUGGUGGAGGAGGCAAGGUGGACGGCAGUGGGAAAGCCGGGAGCAGGGGCCGGGACCCAAGGGACGGGCACAGCGAGGCCAGAAGAGCAAGGGGCAGCCGUAGAAGCCUCGGGUUUUCCCCAGCGGCAGGGAAAUGAGCUGGGGCCAGCACAGGGAGGAGGGAAAGAGGUCCCAAGCCGGCCCUGGAAGGGUGAGAGAGGGACGGUCUCCACAGGGUCUUAGGAAGUGGGAGUGGGCUGCUCUCUGACUUUUCUUGGUGCCGCCAUUUGGUGGCGCUGUUCCGGGGCCACAGGCUUAUUCCUUCUCUAACAUUGCUUUGGCUUUGGGAGAGUCUCAUGAAAACCAGGCUAGCUUCUAACUCCCUACAAAGCCGAAGACCCUCCUGCCUCCACCUCCCAAGUGCUGGGAUGACAGGUGUGAGCAGCCACUCCGGGGCUUGGUGCGCUCCAGGAGGGCAACUGCCCACUGAACCCCAGCCUCUUUUCAAUCCUCCAACUCCUGGGGAUGGGUCCCCAGUGUGUCACGCUGUGUGCAGACUGUUUCUUAUGGAGACACUGGGGAUCUGGGGACACUAAAUGGAGUCAGAGAAGAGCCUGAGCUCAGAGGGGUUACCUCAGGGCCUGGAAUUCCACAGCAGAGGAAUAUGAACCCGAAUGCAGACCUAACCUCCGCAGCAUGGAUGAGCACAGCAUACAGGUGGUGCUCAAUCUCAAUAAGUGUAGCUGCGGUGAGACCUG